UGUAAAGAGAGGGUUGUUUGCCCUUAAAUGAAAUCAGGACUAAUACUAGCCCAGGUUCCAACCGAGAGGAACGUCAACGAGCUUCAUCAAGUUCUUGUCACAUUACAACAUAUCUACGAAUUUACUAUUAGCCUGCUGAUAACGGGACAUUACUGUCAUCGUGAAGAAAUACUUUAGAUUCUUACCUGAUCUCAGCAGAUUUUUUCAUCUCAAUUCUCCUCUCUUUGGUUUCAUUCUGGCUAGUGGUUCAAUACAAUGUUGCAUCUCAUUUUGUUAAUUAUAUGCUUUAUAGAAAAAUCAGAUUCUGCGAAAUUCAGUUUAUCCGUAAUCCCAGCAAACCAACCAGUACUUAUUGGUCAAAAAGUAAUUUUAAGAUGUCAGGUACAAGGAAUACGACUUUCAACAAAAUAUGCAGUGUUAUUUCGGCAUAAAGAAAACUUAAUUUCAGAGAAGUGUUUCGUGUACGAAGCACAAAAGUAUCACCUAAUAUGUGAACCAGAUGAUUGGCAAAGAGCCGAAACUUAUGAAUUACAUAUUAAAUCAGUUUCUUGGGCAGAUCGUGGUAAUUGGUCGUGUAUUUAUGCAGCAAAUAAAACCAUACAAACUCUUGAAGUAUAUGCACCAGCUAAAUUGGAAAAGAUGGGUGUUUCAAGUCUAACAUCAUUGCCUGUGACAAACAAAGAAAGUAUGACCAAAGACUCCAGUUCACCUUCAGAAUUAUCAUCUUCAUCGUCUUUGGCUACAGCUGGAUUGGAUUCAGCUUUAUCUAUCAUUGGCACACCACCUAGUCAACAUAUCGGCUUAGGCACUCGAACUAAUCCGUAUGAUUUACGUUCAGGACUAGGAAUUCAGCUUACUUGUGAAACAACUUGUGGACAUCCUCGAGCCAAUAUAACUUGGCUAGUCAUGAAUGAGACAAUGACUAAAGCAAUUAUGCCCACGAAUCCAAAUAAAAUUCAUGAGAAUGUUUGUAGUAACUCACCAAAUACAAUUGAUAUGACAACUACUAAGUCAACUUUACAUGUUCAUUGCUCACAAUUAGAUAUUAUUGGUUUAAAUCAAGUUCAAUGUUCAGUGAAUGGACCACAAUAUAAAGAUACUUUAUUGACACGAAAUGUUUACAUAUUAUGUACUGGUGGUGAAAGACCAAUGCGCUUAACAAGUGGUGAAGUUGUCGGAAUAGCUGUUGGUUCAGCAUUAGGUUUAAUUUUAGUAUUUAUCGGUUGUAUUAUUUUGCGUAAUAAUGGGAAAUCAUCUCCUUUACCAUUUCAUGGUCAUAUACCCGGUCAGCGUGUAUAGGAAAACGAGAAUUCUUUUUUUUCUCUCUCUCUCUCUGAUUUCAUUGUUCACAAUAAUAUCUGUUCUCAUUGUUUAUAUUGUACAAUUUUGUCAUUUUUUUCUCUACAUACUACUGAUAAUGAUAAUCAUAAUAGUAAUAGUAGUAUUCUGUAUUGAUUGCAUUUACAACAAUGCAUUCCCAUCAUUCAAUUGUUUUCUUCUUUUUUUUCUAUUUUCCAAGUUCAUAUUAGCAUAAAUUUCAGUUUUGGUCAUUUUCUUAUAAUAAGUGGGUCUAUAUUUGUUUGCUUUUUAAGCAUAUAUUGCUUUAACAAUUAUUUGUAUUGCAUUUUUUUGUUGUUUUUUUUAUCACAUAUCAUUUCAUUCUAAAGUCAAUUAAUUUCUAGUUACUUAUCUUCUCAUUUAUUAUUUCUAGUUUUAUGCAUUUUUAUCUGCGAUAAAAUGUUUUUAUAUAUUACGACUACUACUGAUAAUAAUAGUAGUACUAUUAUUAUUAUUAUUGUGUGUUAUGUUGAUUCUAAAGUCAAUGAAAUUUGUGUUGUCAUGAUUUUUCCGCUUGAUAUCAGUUUUUCUACACAACAAUUAAGUAAAGGGAGGCAAACGUAAAACUUUGCAAAGUAUUUACUGUAAACGGAAUCUCUGGUAGAGAUAAUAAUAAAUGAUAAAAAUGUACGUUUUGUGACAUCAUCUAGGAAUCAAUAUCGAUUAUUCAGCAUAUUAGAAUCUCAACUUUUUUUUUACUGGUAUUACAUUUGAACAUGUCAAUAUUGAUACUUGAACAAAUUGUCCUUUUCUGGGUUACUGUUUUACUUCGUAUUUUUCUUUCAAAUGAUGUAAAUAGGUAACUUUUUUGUUUGUUUUUUUACUCUUUAUUGCGUAUGUAUGUAUGCUUUUGAUACUUUUGAAAUUAAUAUUCAUUCGUGUUCUAUUAUUCUAUAAAAUUCUAUUUCAUAAGCUGUUUUAUUCGAAUUAAAACUUAUUAUUUCCA